CCCGAAGCGGGGCCGCGCUCGCCCCCUGCGGCCCCGGAGGCCGCGGCGGAAGCGGGGCUGAGCGCACAUGGCGCUGUACAGCGCGGCGGCCGCGGUGCUGGCGGGGCUGGAGCGCGGCGAGGGCGGCCUCAAGCGCCUCGUGUACAACAGCGGCUUCCCGCAUGUCCGGCAGCUGUACGCGCUGGUGUCCGAGACCCUCCGCUACGCCUCGGUGCUGGAGAAGCUGCUGGAUGGAGCCGCGCUGCUGCAGGCCGAGAAGAAGCUGGCGCCGCAGCUGGCGAAGGUCCUGGUGUAUGACCUGCUCUUCGGCAAGGGGCUGAAGUGCGGGGGCCGGUGGAAGGCGCUGGCCCGGCGGCACCGGGCGCGGCUGGAGGCCGAGCUGGCCCGCAUGAAGGUGCGGUACAAGGUGAGCCGCAACGAGGACCUGCUGGCUCCGGAGAAGGCAGUAAGCGCCGCAGCCUCCCAGGUCCCACGUUACAUCCGGGUCAACACUCUGAAGACUUGUGUGGACGAUGUGAUCGACUUCUUCAAGCGCCAGGGAUUUACCUACCUGGGCAAGGCGGCCAGUGUGGAGGAGCUGAAGUCCCUCUCUGGAAAAAAAUUCUUGUUGGAUCUGCAUCUCCCGGAGCUGCUGGUUUUCCCUUCACAGACAGACCUCCAUGACAACCUGCUGUAUAUUUCAGGACACAUAAUUCUGCAGGACAAGGCCAGCUGCCUCCCUGCCUUCCUCCUUGGCCCUGUUGCUGGCUCCCAUGUCAUCGAUGCCUGUGCUGCCCCUGGAAACAAGACAAGCCAUCUGGCUGCCAUCCUGAAGAACAAGGGGUGGUCUGUUCACAGCUUUUCUUGGGUGCUGGGCUCUGCCUUCAGACAGAUCUUUGCCUUUGAUGUGGACCCCAAGCGCGUGGCCACCAUGAACACACUGCUGACACGGGCAGGGGUCACUGGCUGCCAGCUGGCCCAGCAGGACUUCCUGACCGUGGACCCCAGAGACCCCAGAUACAGCAGGGUGACUCAUAUCCUUCUUGACCCAUCCUGCAGUGGCUCAGGGAUGGUGACCCGAGGGCCAGGGGAGGAGGCGGCCCCGAGUGCUGAACGUUUGCAGGCACUGGCUGGCUUCCAGCGCCGGGUCCUCAACCAUGCCCUGAGCUUUCCAGCUCUCCAGCGCCUGGUCUACUCCACCUGCUCCCUACACCAGGAGGAGAAUGAGGAUGUGGUGCAGGCUGUGCUGCAGGAGUGGGGCUCAGCCUUCAGGCUUGUGAAUGCCUUCCCAUCGUGGCCCUGUCGAGGACUUGCUGCCUUCUCUGGAGCAGAGAGCUGCCUCCGUGCUUCCCCUGCAGAGACCCUCACCCAUGGCUUCUUUGUGGCUGUGCUGGAGCGGUGCCAGGAAGGGGCUGCUACCCCCAGGUGGGAGAGGGCUGUGGGGGACUCCAGCUGCUUCUGGGGGGUACCUUGACCAUGGCCAAGCUGCCUGCCUGCAGCAGCCAAGGAGAACCCACAGCUAGGAGAGAGAACAGAGCCAGGAGCAGCUCCCAGGAAGAGGAAAAAGAAAAAGCAGCGGGUGAAAGAGUGAAACACUUUCUGUACAAACCCCUGCACAGUGGGGACUGUGGGGGACACAUACUGGCCUGAACGCAAGUCAAGCUAUGUGGCAGCUGCAGUCCUGGUGAGACUUCUGUAACACCGGAGGCUGAGUGCCAACACUGGGACCACCCUAGUGCCAGGCAGGGGCAACUGCUCACCCAGGGCUGCGCCUUGCAGCCAGCCCCUGCUCCAGGUUUACCCCCCAAGGCAAUCCCCACUCGGCACUCUGCAGGGCUGGGGUCCUCCAGCUGGACUAAGGGUGGUUUAUCAUGUUCCCCUCCCAAAAAUUCCAACCCCUAGCUUGAUGCGGAGCUUUGGAAAAAACAUUUCACUGUAGGGAUG